AUGCAUUUUAUUUUAUGUUCUAUUCGACAUUCAUCAAAUAUAUUAAAUCAUCGUCGAUUUUCUCUUACAUCAUCAAAACAAAAUCUUUUUAAAAGUUUAUUUGAUCAUUUUCAAUAUGCUCGUAAAGCAAAACAAGCUGCACAACGACGUGGAAUUGAUUUAUCAAAUUUAACUCCUGAACAACAAAUAAAAUUCAAACCAAUAUUACGAAUGAAAAGUGCAUUUCGUGUUGUUAAUAUAACAAUGGGUAUAAUGGCUGUUAUAGCUACAACUGUUUGGUAUAGACGUCGUCAAAAAGAAUAUCAAGUUGGAAAAGAAAUUAAUGAUGAAUUAAAACCAAUUUGGAUGGAUUUAAAAUAUUUUAAACAUAAAGGUGCUAUGAUUGGAAAUUAUUUAUUACCUGAACAAAUUGUUGGAAAAUUAAAACAAUUAAAAUCAUUUCAAUUCAAUCAAUCUGAUUGUAUUUGUGCAUCAUUUCCUAAAUCAGGAACAACUUUACUACAAGAAAUUGUUUAUUUAAUUCAAACUAAUUUUGAUUAUGAAUCAGCAAAAAAAAUUGAUAUUACCGAAAGAUAUUCAUUUCUUGAAUGGCCAACUGUUGAUCUUAAAAAAUUAUCAUUAGAUAAAACAAAUAAAUCAAGACUUUUUAAAACACAUUUACCACCAGAAUUUUUUAAUGAAACUUUUAAAAAAGCUAAAGUUAUUUAUAUUUAUCGAAAUCCAAAAGAUGUAACUGUUUCAUUAUUUCAUUUUCUUCGUUCGAUAAAUAUUGAACUAACUUAUUCUGGUCCAUGGAAUCAAUUUGUUCAAUCUUUUCUUAUUGAUGAAAUUUAUUAUGCACCAUGGUGGCGUCAUGUUAAUGAUUAUCAUUCUCUUAAUGAUUCUAUUUUUUUUGUUGCUUAUGAAGAUCUUCUUACUAAUUUUCGACCAACUGUUCGUCGUUUAGCAGCUUAUUUAGGAAAAGAAAAAGAAUUAACAGAAGAACAAUUAGAUAAACUUGAAAAAUGGUGUUCAUUUGAUUCAAUGAAACAAAAUCCUAAAGUUAAUUACAAUUGGUUUCGUGAUUGGGGUUUUGUUAAUAAAUCGUUUUCAUUUUUACGAAAAGGUAAAAUAGGUGAUUGGUUAAAUCAUUUUGAUGUUGAACAAUCUAAAAGCUAUGAUAAAAUGGUAUCAACUCGUCUAUCGCCAUCAAUUCCUCCAUUGAAUUAUGGAAUAUCUUCAGAAGAUCAACAACGUCUUUAUGAUUAUGAUGCUAAAAAAAAUUCUUCUCAAUCUUCUUAG